AUGUGUACUUUCAACUGCAACAACGAACUUGCCUUGUUGAUUCCAGUUACCUAUACGCCCUCGUGUCUAUGCCCUCAUGGAAUAGCUGGUGAUUUCUGUGAACUGGAUCCAUGUGGUAUUUUGGACUGCAAUAAUGGCACAUGCCUAAUUGAGCCAGUUUCUUAUAAUGUCUCCUGUGUUUGUCCGCGUGGUAUAUUUGGUGAAUUCUGUGAAAUAGAUUCAUGCAGUACUAUAAACUGUAACAACGGAACUUGCGUUGUUGAUCCUGAUUUAUUCGAUCCUUUCUGCGUCUGUCCUCAAGGUGAAUUCGGUGACAUGUGUGAUACGAACCCUUGCAGUACUAUCAACUGUAACAACGGAACUUGCGUUGUUGAUCCUGAUUCAUUCGACCCUUUCUGCAUCUGUCCUCAAGGUGAAUUCGGUGACAUGUGCGAUAUGAACCCAUGCAGUACUAUCAACUGUAACAACGGAACUUGCGUUGUUGAUCCUGAUUCAUUCGACCCUGUCUGCAUCUGUCUUCCAGGUGAAUUCGGUGACAUGUGCGAUAUGAACCCAUGUGGUACUUUUAACUGCAACAACGGAACUUGCCUUGUUGAUCCAGUUACCUAUACGCCCUCGUGUCUAUGCUCUCAUGGAAUAGCUGGUAAUUUCUGUGAACUGGAUCCAUGUGGUAUUUUGGACUGCAAUAAUGGCACAUGCCUAAUUGAGCGCAUUUCUUAUAAUGUCUCCUGUGUUUGUCCGCUGGUAAUAUUGGUGAAUUCUGUGAAAUAG